AUGGCAUUGAACCCGCACAAGAAGAACAAGGUGGACAUUAGUCAACUGACAGAAGAAGAAGCCAACCUCUUCCGCCGCUACGGAAAACUGCCCGACAAAAAAGACCUCUUGACCAAGAAACUCUCCGAGCGCAAAUACUUUGAUUCCGGCGACUAUGCGCUUUCCAAAGCCGGCAAAGCGGAUACCAGUGCGCUGGGAGGGGGACUGGGAAGUCAACAUCCCACGCCGGAGAAUAUCCCACAUUUGAGCCAGCAGGUUUCCAAUGGUGGGUCGGGAGGCACGGGGACUACAGCGCCUGAGGGUAGUAGGGGGAGCUUCUCCGAGGGGAGUCGGGGAAGUGUCGUGGCUGGGUUGGGACAGGGAACGCCGGGCGGCAUUCCUUCGGGAAGUCCGGUGAAGGAGGGCAGUGUGCUGCAGAGGGAGAUGGGUGUUGAUGAUGAGGAAGCGGGGAAGAAUGGCCCAUGA